UAUAAGAGCAUUUGCCCGAUUAAAAUAAUCACUCCUUCCCCUUUUUUUUCAUUCUUUUAUUUUCUAUCUCCUUCAGUCCUUCACCGUCGCUCUCAAGCUUCUUCUCCCUCACUCUCAUCUCCCAAAUCACUCCUGCCUCACUCAUCACCGUCGCCGCCACAGACCAGCCCAGCCCACGCCGUCCCUCGCCGUCCCAGCCCAGCCCAGCCCACACCGUCCCAGCCGCAUCUCCCUCACUCCUCUCUCUCACCCAUCGCACUCAUCUCUCUCACCCAUCGCCGUCCCAGACCAGCCCUCGCCAACGCCGUCCGUCGCCGUCCAGCCCAAACCAGCCCACGCCGUCGCCGUCCCAGACCAGCCCAGCCCACGCCGUCCGUCGCCGCAUCUCCCUCACUCAUCUCCCUCACUCAUCGCACUCCAGCUCAUCUCCCUCACUCAUCACCGUCGCCGUCCGUCGCCGUCGCAAGCUCUCCACGCCAUCGCCAUCCAAGCCCAGCCCACGCCGUCGCCGUCGCCGUCCCAGCCGAUCCACUUCAGGUGGCUGAAAAGUAUAGGCUUGUACCUGACACAUUAUAUUUGACCAUAAACUACAUAGACUGGUAUCUUUCAGGGAAUUUGAUGAAUAGACAACGGUUACAGUUACUUGGUGCCGCGUGCAUGAUGAUUGCCUCCAAAUAUGAGGAGAUUUGUGCACCCCAGAUAGAAGAGUUCUGUAACAUAACUGAUAACACAUAUUUCAAGGAAGAGGUUUUGCAAAUGGAAUCUGCAGUUUUGAACUACUUGAAGUUUGAAAUGACAGCACCAACAGCUAAAUGUUUCUUAAGGUGAUUUGUUCGUGCUGCUCAAGGAAUAAAUGAGUUGGAGUACAGUAUGCUUUGCUAUGCUCCAUCACUUAUAGCUGCUUCGGCAAUUUUCUUGGCCAAUUAUUUUCUUUUCCCUUUAAAGAGACCAUGGAAUUCGACCUUGCAGCAUUACACACUUUACCAGCCUUCUGAUUUGUGUGACUGUGUCAAGGAUCUCCAUCGCCUGUGCUGCGAUAGCCAUAAUUCUAGUUUACCUGCAUACUUAUCAAAAAAAAAAAUUUCUAGUUUACCUGCUAUCAGGGAGAAAUACAGUCAGCAUAAGAACAAAUAUGUGGCGAAGAAGUAUUGCCCCCCUACAAUACCUCCAGAGUUUUUCCACAGUUUAAGUCACUAGACAUUUGGAUUCCUGGUCCAAUGCUUCAGUUGGAUAUAGACUUGACAUCAGUUCACGGAUACUAGCAGCUAGUUGGUUCCAAGCAAUGGAAUUUUUUUUCUUUUUCUUUUCUUCCGCCAUUUUGUAUAUUGUCUUCUUUUUCAUGAUUUCAUUGUUAAUGUGUACGUUGGUAUUUUGUGCAUACUGUUGGGGGUUCUGCUGAUUCCACUGAUUCAGUGAAAUGUAAACUCCAAAUGUUGUAUGAUAUGCCUUCUUUCUUUCCCA